UGGACAGAAAUGACGGAGGGCGUGAUGUGCAAAAACGUGUUAGAUUCAGCGGCUUAGCAUCCGACGGAAAACCUCAUUUCGACUCAUUACUUUUUUGUAUCGAACUAAUGAGGGGCUACAUUUAGCCAGCUGUGUCUGUUGUUGUUUACUCAACAUUUAAUCAUUAUGCACAAUUUGAGUAAUUAACAGGACUGUUUGGCUACUGUCUAUCACAAAAUUGCUAGUAAUUUACUGGGAUUCUAAAAAAGAAACAUUUAACACCAAACUGUCCGAUCUAAGUGUGAGAGCCUUUUCAGUGCCAACACUAUUGCGACCGUCUUAGUGUGAACGAUAACUAGAGUUGAGUAAAAGGUCUAGCGCUCUGCAGCACUAAAAUGAUUUGAGAUGGGAGAGUGUUUUUCCAGGUGUCAGUAAGUUUUUGCACUAAUGUAUGUAAACGUAGAUUAAUCUUCAAAAACUUUUAUAUUACAAAUAACUUUUUUUCUUUGUGUGAUUUCUUAGUUAAUUUCUUACAAAUAUCAUAAUUAAAGUGUGUUAUAUUUAGCUUUAUUUAGGUACUAUUUAUGUAGUCUCAUAUCCAGACCUUCCACGGCCAAGCGGUGGGAACAUUUCUGUAACAGUUAAACGGUAGGAUCUGGUUAUGAGAUUACUAUGUGGGUACAAUGGCUUAAUGAAAUCAUCAUAGAUCACAAAAAGUGAAAGUAAAUUUAUAGAUAUUUAUUCAUGAAAAUGUCCGAGCGGAGUAUAACCACCCAGGCUCAAUAACAGCCGCUAUCCGGGAAAUGAGCCCACAUUCCUGCCAUAAGGACCGGAUUCGAUAUAUGACGGCCAAGUACGAGUCUUAUCGCGAUCGUCAUGUUUAAAUUAUCUUUUUGCAGCCUUUCCCCUUCCGUUACAAUUUGGCUCUUUUUUAUCAGAAUUCUCCACCAGGCUUUACUAAGCUGGGCAAAAAUUCUUCCUAGCUGGCUCUUUAAGCUAGUCUCCAGGUCUAUUACCAAGUAUCUUUCGCUCUCGGUCGUAAAUAGAGGCCAGGUUAUGUUGCUGGCGGUCAGCGGAGGUAAGUGGGGAUCUCGUCUGUUGGGGUCUCUGUUGGAAACAAAAUUAAAAAAAACGUUUUCACUCUAAUAACAAAGCUUUAGAUUUUAAAGCUUUGAAAUAAAAGCAGCAUGUAGAUUAGGAGAUCUACAUAUUAAUCUACAUCUACGUGGAGAUCUGCGAUUAUUACAGUCGACGGGCACUUUCUUCCGGAAGAACCCUCAUUACUGCUCGACGAAGGUAGAUUCCAAAAAGUUAAGGCGAUCGUUGGUGUCAACAAAAACUGCGGUUCUGUGGCGCUGUGGAGAUUGCAUUUCAAAGCAGCUGGUCAACAAAUUGACCACCCACUGAUCCAGCGGGCUGUAGAUGAAUCCAUCUUUUUCCAAAAUGGUGAGAAUGAGAGACUAAGGAGGGCUAUCCUCUCCAAGUAUACAAACCACGCCGACCCAGACUCCCCGCAGAACAUUGAAGUAAACUGGCAACGACUUCUUGGCGAUUCCUGUUCGUUGCACCCGCGAUCAAAGUUGCCAAGUCUCUGGCUAACGCAGGGAUGUCCAUCAUUUUUCCACUGUUUCACUCACCGUGCAAUGCGUUGCAAAAUGAAGAAUCCUACGGAGUUUGUCAGGGUAACGAGAUCCCCUAUCCAUUUGGAAAACCUUUUUUGAAAAUGCCGACACUCUAUUUCUGGUUAGCAAGUACUUGCCAGAAAUGGAGCGAAGAUUGAGCAUGUCCUUAAUUUAAGCCUAGGCAAAAUUUGAAAACUUUGGGUAAAUAAUCAAUGAGACACUAUUGAAAUUUGUUUGCCAUGCGGAACAGAGAGAUUUCCUCUGAUAACAUACGUGUGAUGCUACCAUUAGGCAAACUCCAACGCAGAGACAAUUCUACUUUAGUGUCUAAAGAAGUCCGUGAUUGCAUUAGUUUUGCUUUGCAUUGCUCUUUGAUUGGUUCAGAAAUAAUGUGCUUCCCUUUCAACCAAUCAAAUGUGUAACUGAAUCCGAUCGCAAUUUAAUCACUUGCGUUUUCCCCGCGGAAAUCUGUCCUCAAAAAGGUCUUUUGUGUCUCUUUUUUUUCAUUUCAUUUUCUUCUUUUCCUUUUCCCUUCUCCUUUUUUUUUUUCUCGGUACAUCGAGAAGAAUGAUUAAAACCAAUGCUUCUCUUGUCUCAUAGACACACAGAUGAUCAGUUUCCCACGGUUUGAUUUAACUUUGUCACGUACCAUCAAUAUUUAUAACAAAGGGUUUCAAGAACAUGUCAUUUUCAAGCCGUUAGGAUAAGGUCAAAAAUUUGCGAUUAUUAAUUGCUGCUCGUGGCUGCCACGCAGCCUCAAUUAGAUAGAGACAAUUAGUUUAAUGCCUUUUAUAGUUUACUUAAGUCAUCAAGUGCCGUAGAAUUGGAUGAGUUUUAAUCAACUCAUUAACAUUGAUUUCCUACCUGGUAGGUUCCAAAACAAAAUUAUCAUUUAGAUUGAUAAGACCCUGCGUCAAAGAUCGCUUCUAGAAGUUAGAACGUGACAGAGAGAAAUGAUUAACAAAGAUCUCACGACGUAGCAACAAACAGCUGAGGAAACACUUAGAUAUUACCAAGUUCCAGAACGAAAAGAAAAUACUGGAUAUGUGAUUUCAGAUUAAACCGAAAAGAUUUGAGUUGAGCUUCAACGCGGCUAAAGAGUCAAUGAUGAACUUGACAACUUCAUCAAAUGGUAGCAAAGAGUCAGUUCAGGGUGUACUUCUUCUUGGCUUUAUAAUCAUUGACUUCGUAUUUGCAGCGAUCAUCAUGAUGGCAAACAGCUUUCUCUUUAUCACGAUUUACCGCGAUCCCUGUCGAUGUUUACGCACGCCCAACGUUUUUCUUAUUGCAAAUCUCUCCGUUGCCGAUUUUUUUAUGGGAUUUGUCAGCUUUCUGAGAGGUAUCGAACUUACCUAUGACCACCAUGGCUGGGGAGAGCUUUUAAUCGUCAACAUCACUCAAUAUUUCAUUGGAGCUGUGUCGAUUCUCGCCGCAGUGUCGACGCUUUUGGCGAUGUCUUACGAUCGGUAUGUUGCAGUGAUUAAGCCGUUUGAAUAUCCACUGAAAGUGACGAACACAAAAGCGAAGAUCUUCAUCUUUGCGAUUUGGACAAGUGCGCUAGUUUUCUCCGUACUUCCAGUUUCGGAUGUAAGGAGAGAAAAGUUUUUGCUUGCCUAUUGUUACUCUCAUUUCGUGAUCCCAUCUUUCCUCUUAACAACAAUCUAUGUGAAAAUAUACAAGGCGAUUUCCCUACAAAGAGAAGAACUUAAAAAUGUGCGCGCUAGUCUAACAGCUGCAGGUAGAAGGCAGCAGUUAGAGAGAGAGAACAGAAUGGUCAUGGCAUUUAUAGCGAUCCUUUUGAUAUUUUAUUUGUCAUUUUUGCCCUACUUUAUCAACAUACAGAUUCUAUAUUUUUGCUCUUGCCGCACCUCUUACGCAUACAGAGUUUAUCAUUAUGUGGCAAACGAAUUUCUCUCCGUCAGCUCCAUAGUGGAUCCCUUCAUGUAUGCUUGGAGAAUUCCGAAGUUCAACCGCUCGCUUCGAAUGUGUUUUCGUCGCCGAAAUGUCAUCAGUGUGUUGCACACAACCAGCACUUUAAACCAAGGCAAAGCAUCAACUCAUUGACUUAAUCGAAUUUUUCGAACUGAUUUUUAUUAAAAUUCUUACACCCAUCUCUUCCGAGGAAAUCCAAUCAGGAACCUUAAGACAGCUAAAAUUGCUAGUACAAAGAGCCUUCAAGUUUUAGGUCUAUUUUCUUUUUUAAUUCACACGCGAACGCAAAGAGGAUUUUUCAACAAGUAAACAAAUCAAACGGGAACUGUGAAAGAACUUUGGGGAAAUCGAGACUGCGAAAUUAGCGAAUUUGUUAUUAAAAUUCUGUCAUCCUCGGUAUCUGGUUUUUAUUUUUACCUUUUGCAUUUCGGUUUUUUGUUUACAAAUUUUGGCGAUGUAAAUUUUGGAAAAUUUAGUCUUCAACCUUUGAAUUCGAAAAAAAGAAAUGAAACAGCAAACACUUCACUGACAGAGCCCAGACCUAUAAAGAAUGAUCUAUAAUAUAGCUCAGGGUGAGGUUAAAUUACCGAUGAAGCAAUCUACCACGCCAUAUAUUAAAUUUUUCGUUUUGACUGAGAUAAGAAAACCAUUAGCUACAGAACGGAAGCGGCAGAUUUUGCUAUCUUUUCUUUAAUCAGACUCAAUUACCAUCGUUUUUAUAAAAGGUGGUCUUUAUUAACUUAGCCACAUCACGCUAAAAUCUCUUUCUACUCAACUCGUAUGGUAACAUCACGCUAAAAAUCUCUUUCUACUCGACUCGCAUGGUAACAGCAAAACAUAAAAUUGAAAAAAAAAUGUUUGACGUCCGGUAAGUUAAGAUACUUCCGCGUUUUCAUAAAUUUUUUAAGUGAUUAGCAAUGUGGUUCGAUUUUUUUGCCAUAUUUGGAGAGACAAUUUGUGCGCGUUUAUAAAUAAACUUAAUUUCUAGGUGAAGUAUAAAUUUAAAAAUGAUCUCGCUUGAGACAUCCGUAACAUGAUGUCAGGAGUGUCAUUUGGACUUAGUCAUACAUUUCCGUCACCUACUUAAUUUUUUAUUCCAUAUUUGAUAUGAAAAGUUAUACGAAUACUAAAUUAAAGUGUGAAUUAAACAAACUGCGUUAGUGGGGUCAACAAUUA